AUGCGAAGUCACCACACCCUGAAGCUGUUGCAGAGGCCUAAAAGCCCGCUGGCGUGUGUGCACUGGAUUGGAGAGAGAGCGUCACAUUCCACAUCAAGUUGGGAAGUCAACCCGCCCUCGGAUCCCGGUUUACAGUUCUACCGGAAUCGUCAGCUGGAGUUGUUCGCAGGGAGAGAGACUAAGCGGCUUUCUCUUCGACAGUUGGUAUUCUUUGGACGAGCCAUGGAUCCCGAGCGCCUCCUCAAAAGCGCAAACUAUGUCCGACAGGAACUGCCUGUCCGUCUCGCUCACCGCAUUCGUGACAUGCAAGCCUUGCCAUUUGUAGUAGUGACCCAAGAUUCUGUCGCUCAAGUCUACGAGCUGUACUGGGACGCGUUUGAGAGGUUCCGUCGAUUCCCGCCAGUCAAUGACCUGAGCCAAAAUGAAAAGUUUUGCGCUCUGUUGAGGACACUGUUGGAUGCUCACGCUGGCGUGAUACCCCGCCUCUCUCUAGGAUUAUCUCUUUCAUCGCAUCAUCUCUCUCCAGAUCACCUCGAUUCCUUCAUGAGAAGAAUGCUCGUUUCGCGCAUAUCACGGCGAGUUCUCGCGGAGCACCACAUUGCUCUUACCGAGUCCCUGGAGGGAAGUACAAGUGAAAAUUCAAGGAUGGGAAGCCCGCCUGGCGAUCACGUAGGAAUAAUCUAUACCAACCUUAGUGUGCGGAAUAGCAUCGACCACUGUGUGUCACUGCUCAGAAAUGUGCAUGAGGCAGAAGUGGCGAAUGUAGACAACGUCAUUGACUUCCCAGACGUGAUCGUUGACGGACACAUCGAUGCACGGUUCUCUUACAUAAAGGAACAUUUGGACUAUGUCAUCUUUGAACUUCUGAACAAUGCCAUUCGGGCAACGCGCACCUUCAAGUAUCCCUCCGACCGGGAAUCACGACAACGCAACGUCCGCGUAACAAUAGUAGCAUCAACUGAUGACAUCAGCCUAAGAAUUUCGGAUAAUGGUGGUGGCCUCUCAACGCCGGACCCAACAAGUCUAUAUUCAUUCUCUCACUUGCGUAAUGCUGCACGCCUUGAAAGCGAGCGACUCGGCGCUUUGAGAGAUGCCGUGGAUGCUAGUUCGCAUCUGAAGAGAGGCAUAGUGGGGACAAUUGGGGAACAACUGAAGCGGUUACUCCCAGUAGAUAAGGCGGCUCAGAUUCUAGCUCAGCACGGAGGAUUAGGCGCGGCGGGGCUCGGAACUGGUGCCACCGAAGCAAAGCGCCUGGAAUCCAGUCACGAUCGGGGGCGUGAGCGGAUAGGGCUUGGCUUGCCAAUGAGCAACAUAUAUGCAACUUAUUUUGGGGGGUCAUUGUCGCUUACAUCACUAGAUGGAUGGGGUACAGAUGUGUACCUUCGACUACCAAAACUUGGCACCAAUCUUGAAGGGGUAGAGGUGUGA